UCUUGUCUCCUAUCAUCCUGUCGUCCAGGGUAUCGCUUACGAAUGUCGCGCGAUCGAGCGAUCCGUCUGCGAUCCACGACGACGCGCGAGGACGUCCUGGCGACGGUCGCGCAUCGACUACCGAUGAGUCGUGCGAUCAACCUCGUCUGAGUCAACGACAGCAACGCGCUCCACGUACCUGUGUGUGACAUCCUGAUGUGCGAUUGUCCGGGGUGGACAAUCGCCGGGUCGCGUCGCGCAAAACGACGCGGGAUAUCGCUUAACCACCGACCAGUUGACGUCGGAUAUCCCCUAAUAUAAACGAGUACCGAAGCGUACUCGACGACGCGCGGCUAUCAUCGGGAACGAAAGCUCCGACCUUGUUCGAAAAGUCGUAUCGGGCUAGCUGGGCUAGCCACGGAAGAAGUGCCGCAGCGAGGAAUCUCCCCCGACGGGCCGGCUCGAAGGAUGUCCGGCGAAACGGAGAUCGAAGUGUCGGUUGUGUCGGAAGAGGAUCUGGAGCUGGAGGGCUCCAGGAGUAGCUCGACACCGGCGGAGUUGCUAUUGCAGGAGAAGAACGGCAAGUCUGGCUGCGGCCUGAGUAAUCACCACCACUCCUUCAGCUUUGACACCGUGAGCAAGCCGGCGCUCAGGCCUGCCUGCAAUCCGCAGUACACGUCCUUCAGUAUCUCCAACAUCCUUGGCAGACCGGAAUCGCCGCCCGUUGAUUCGACGACUUCCACGGGAUCUGGCGAGAGACAGUCGUCGGACGUCGACCGGACGUCGCCGUUACCGCCAGCAAACUCGCAGAACUCGCAGAGAAUCCCGCCGUCGUGCGGCAGCCCCGGAAGGAUCUCAUCCUCGCCCACAUCCUUGAGAUUGUCCGGCGGUCAACGCGGCGGAUUGUCUGCAGCCGGUCACACCGGACUGGAGCCCAGAGCGAAUUCCACGGGUAUCGGUAUCGGAUGUGCUACCAGUGCUACCAGUCCAGCCGCGACCUUUUCGCCGCCCGGCGAUGCCUCUACCAAUCCACUACUAGGACAUCAGGCGUCGGCGGAUCUCGCGAUGCUAUCGAGAUUGAUAGCAAGUCGAUACCCAGUCGGCAUCGGCGGCCUAUUCUACCCGUCGACACUACAGCAUCUCCAUCAGCAGCAACAACAGCAGCAUCAGCAUCAUUCGCGGCUGGCCGCCGCGGCUUCGUCCGCCCUCAGCAAUGCCGUGCAGGUUGCCGGCCAAUCACCGGACAUUGUCGACGCCGACGGCAUUCGUGGCGUUCUACUCGGCGGCGCCGGCUGGCCGUUUCCAUGGAGGCCGGCGCACAGCCUGCAGACGCUCGAGCAUCCCUCACCAAGCGACGUGGUCGGCACCCUCAGCCGCGUCAGUCCCGCGUCCGCAUCUUUUCCUCAGCGAGACGAACUCGACGAUGACAACGGCGAUGAUCGUCUACAUCGCGCGAGGAGUCCAUCAAGUGGUGACGAGGCGCACGACGAUCUCGGUGAAGGUGACGACUGUGCGGAUGCCGACGGUGAAGGCGAAUCGACAUCGACAAGUCUCCAUGGCACUUCGGUGGGCGGUGGUGGUGGUGGUGGUGGUGAACUUAAGAACUGUAUCGAGCUGAUCUACAUUGAUGAUCAUCAUCGAGCUUGGUGUGAGGUAAUCGGCAAACGUUCCUAG